AACUAGUGGUUGUUGUCUUGAGUUGUUGAGUCGAAAAUGUCUUACGUGAAGUGAAAACUAUUCCACUGCAGACUUUUUCGGACAGUUUCGGCCUUUAAAGACUUCAGAAAAGCGCCUCUUAAGUUCUAGUGCAGAAGGUGGGAAUCGAGGGGCUGAGAAAGAUGCAAUUUGAACAGGACUCAAAUCAAGUAUUCGUGAAUAUUUAGCAUGAGUGAUAGACGUCUGCUUUGUGUUCUUUUGUCACUGACUUUGUUUUCGUUAUUACAAGGGGACACAGAAGGUGCAUUUGAACCAUGCCCUGGGCAAUACUGUGGAAGGAUUAUUGAUGAUGAUGGAAAAACUGGAGACUGUGGAGCUUGCCCAAGAGGUUUUAACACCAAUGGCACAGCAUGCUUAGAGUGCUCAUCAUCUCCUGAUUUAUAUGACUGGUUGUACUUGGGUUUUAUGGCAUUCUUGUCUCUGAUAACUCAUUGGUUCUUCAUUGACUUAUUUGCCAAAAGAGAUAGAAAAAGCAUCUUUUUUCUCUGCUUGAGUGCUUUUGUGGAAAGUACCUCAGCUGCCAUUUUUUCCCUCCUUGCCAGUAAACCUCAAGGCAGCCUAAGUUUGACAUCAUGCAAGACAAAGCAAAUCGCAGACUGGUAUACAAUAUUCUUUAAUCCCAAACCUGAUUAUGUCAACACAAUUCACUGUACACAAGAAGCUGUUUAUCCUUUGUACACCAUAGUGCUUAUGUAUUAUGCACUCUCAGUUGGUCUCUUGUUUUUGUUCCGGCCCAUUAUUUCACACCAGUUCUGUGAUGGUCAGGGGCGAAAUUCUACAUAUGCUGCCAUGUACUUUUUACCAUGCCUUGCAGUGGUGCAUGCCUUAUUUGGUGGACUCAUUUAUUACUCUUACCCAUACAUCACGUUAACUAUUUCUGUUUUGAGCACUGCUGCAGUCCUUGCCAAGAAUAAAAUAACACAUAUCGGCCAGUUGGUCAAGAGCAAACGUCACACGAUCAUCAUCAUGGCUCAUUGGUUAGCGCAUGCGUAUGGAAUAUUGGCCGUCACGCAACUCCGUGACCCUUCAGUACAUGGACCCAUGUUCGCAUUGGUGUUGGCUCCAGUAUCAUUCUUUUUGUUAACACAUUCUUUCACAGAGCCAAGCAAGUUUAAGACUCCUUGAAUUCACUUAACGUUUUUUUUUCUCUAAUUUCUAACGAAUCACGCGAUAAAUUACGCUGGGAGAAAAAAGGGGGAGGGGGGGGCUCUGUGCGUGUUAAUUCGUGAAUUUGGAAGCCCAAUAGUUCCACUUUGUUUCACUUUGCUUUUCUUUCUCCCCCAAAAAAGAGAACCAUUUUUUCAAUUUCUCUUUAUUUUGUUUCUUAUUAUCGUUCUGAAAGACAUUAAGAUCUUUAAUAUUGUCUCAUGAGCGGUUCCUACCGGCAAAUAGAGAGUUCAGGGCUCGACACUAACUUUUCAACUUACCAGCCAAGUGACCAGUGACAUCUUAGAUUUUAUUAAUAUUUUUAUC